CAAAAAUGAAAACUUAACAGUCAAACCGACGUGGAAUAUAAUCAGAAUCAUCUCAGAUUCUGUUCUUCCUUCUUUCCCUUCCUUCAUUCCUUACUCUCAAAGGAAUCCAUUUCCAUUUCCAUUUCAAAAAAAAUGGGAGUGUUUUCCAAUAAGAUUGAUCAUGAACAACUCAAUCCUGGUGAUCACAUCUACUCAUGGAGGCAAGCAUAUAUCUAUGCUCAUCAUGGGAUAUAUGUUGGUGAUGGAAUGGUGCUCCACUUUACAAGGGGAGGAGGGCAAGAAAUUGGAACAGGAACAGUGUUGGACCGUUUCCUUUGCAGUUCAUCACCCUCCAAUGGCACCGACACUCCAUGCCCAAAAUGUGGUGACCAAAACAAGACUGAUGGUGUCGUUUCUUCCUGUUUGGAUUGUUUUCUCUCUGGUGAUAAUCUUUACCUCUUUGAGUACGGCGUCUCAGCUGCAUAUUUUCUAGCCAAAGCCCGAGGUGGAACUUGCACCCUUGCAGUUUCUGAUCCAACUGAAGAUGUCCUUCGCCGCGCUUCAUUUCUUUUUGAAAAUGGAUUUGGCGGUUACAAUGUUUUCAAUAAUAACUGUGAAGACUUUGCAAUUUACUGCAAAACUGGUCUGCUUAUCAUCACAAGCAUCAGUGUAGGCCGUAGCGGACAAGCUGCGUCUUGCUUGGCAGCUGCUAGUGCUGUGAUUUCUACACCACUUCGUUUUAUGACGACUAGUUUUAGUGGCUUGGCUGCGGUUGGCUACGGCAUGUACUGUGUCAGCCGAUUCGUUUCCGAUAUUGGAGUUCGCCGCGAUGUUUCCAAAGUUCCGGUGGAAAAGCUUGUAGCUUUACCCGACAUAGAUGAACCUGAGAAGACACCUGAGGUGACCAAAGAAGAUUAGUGUUGGUUGGAACAACUCUCAUGUUCAAUUUUAAGCUUAUAUGUAUUUUAAAUGUAUGCUUUGUUGCUGAAGUUUAAUUAUCUCCCUCAAAUAUUUACUAUUUACAUUUGUGCAUUUUCCUUACAUAUGGAAGAUGUUAUUCACACUCGAUACUGUAUCACUGACAACAAUUAAGUUUUAUUUAAGAACCGUGAUUCUAUGUUGCCUAA